AUGUCGAUUAAGAAGAUGUGUCGCAGGAUGACAAACCAGUCGACAGCCAACCAGUCCAACACAAACAAGGCGAAGAAUAAAGAAGAAAACCAACAAGAUGACAACACUGAAGUUGCGUAUAAAGAUGCGGGCCACUGCAGCCGUAACACCCACAGCCUGCUGCUGGGACUUACUGUUGGGGGUGUUGUUAUGGGAGUGUUGUUUGGGAUGCUGCUGCGGUACAUGAAGGUGACGGACAGCUCCGUCCUCACUAUGGUUUCCUUCCCUGGAGAAAUCCUCAUGAGGAUGCUGAAGAUGCUCAUCCUGCCUCUAAUCAUCUCCAGCCUUAUCACAGGGCUGGCUGGUCUAGACGCCCGCUCUAGUGGCAGGAUGGGUAGUAGAGCCAUGGUUUACUACAUGUCCACCACUGUAAUCGCUGCAAUCCUUGGGGUCAUCCUGGUGUUGGGAAUCCACCCGGGGAACCCCAAACUGAGGGGAGGCACUUCGAGCUCAGCCCCCAAGAACCAGGAGGUCAACAGUCUGGAUGCCUUCCUCGACCUGAUCAGAAACCUCUUUCCUGAGAACCUGGUGCAGUCCUGCUUCCAACAGGUUCAGACGGUGCUGAAAAAGGUGCCAGUUGCAGCACCAAACCAAACUGAGCCCAUCUUAGUGAACAGGAAGAAACUGGAAUACAAAUGGGGCAUGAACGUCCUCGGUUUGAUUGGCUUCUUCAUCACCUUUGGGAUCUGCAUGGGCAGGAUGGGCGAGCGAGGGAAGGUCAUGUGCGACUUCUUCAACGUCCUCAACGAGAUUAUAAUGACGAUGGUCUCCAUGAUCAUGUGGUACUCUCCUGUCGGCAUUGCCUCUCUGAUUGCGGGGAAGAUUGCGGCCAUCGGAGACCUGGAGGUGGUGGCCAGGCAACUGGGUAUGUACAUGGUGACCGUCAUCGUGGGCCUGGUGAUCCAUGGCGGCUUGAUCCUACCUGCUAUUUUCUUCGUCAUCACAAGAAAAAACCCCUUCACUUUCUACUCUGGAAUCUUCCAGGCUUGGAUCACAGCUCUGGGCACCGCUAGCAGUGCAGGGACGUUACCCGUCACCUUCCGCUGCCUGGAGGAAAAUCUGAAGAUUGAUAAGCGUGUGACUCGCUUCGUGCUGCCCAUUGGCGCCACUAUUAAUAUGGACGGCACUGCACUGUAUGAGGCAGUGGCAGCCAUCUUUAUCGCCCAGAUGAAUGAUAUCUCGCUGGAUGCCGGGCAGAUUAUGACCGUCAGCAUGACUGCCACCCUGGCCAGUGUUGGAGCUGCGAGUAUUCCCAGUGCUGGACUGGUUACCAUGCUGCUGAUCCUUACAGCUGUGGGCCUACCUACUCAGGACAUCAGUCUGCUCAUCGCUGUCGACUGGCUGCUUGACAGAAUGCGUACCUCCAUCAAUGUGGUGGGCGACUCAUUCGGUGCCGGGAUCGUGGACCACUUGUCGAAGGAUGAACUUGCCGAACUUGACGCGGCAGAUAUGCAAAUUCUCCCACCAGAGGAGGAGCUCGAUUUCAUCCCUCCACCCCCGAUCCUUACAGAGAUGGACCUGGUCGACCCUUUCAAACCGCCCGAGCUGCCACCUCGCUCCCCUCGCCCACCCAAACAAAACCACCACGGUCACGCUCUCUCCCAGUCCUCUGUCACUUACUCACCGUCCCGCUCUAUCCGAUCUCCAUCACCUCGCUCCAUCCGCUCUCCCUCUCCGCGCUCCGUCUGCUCCCAUUCCCCUCGACCUUUCCGUACUCAUUCACCACGCCUCCUCCGCAGGACGGAGCCGGGCUACUGCGCCCUGCCCAGCCAUGAUAACCAGAUUCCCACACUGCCUCACUCCUACCGAGAGAGAGACAGGGAACGGGAGAGGCUGAGGCGAGAGAGUGAAACAGAGGAGGACGAGGAGAGAGAGAGGGUUCUGGGUGAAGUAAGCGACGGCGAGGAGAGCGAUGACACUGCUUAUGAUCGGAGGCACGUCCUCCCACCACCCGACUUGCCGUGAUUGGAUUUUAGCACAGAAAAGCUUCCUUGUCGAUUAGUUUCCGUUGUACGACGGCUUUCCCCACUUUAAUGCACAGCUCCACAGGGUUCCAGUGGAGCUUCACAGUGGAUUUCUGGCUGGUUACAUUUCUACUUCUUAGAUGUAUUUUAAAUUCACUGCUCUUGAUUAACAGAACUGUUGAAUAAGUGAUUGAUACAUUUACUUAGAGCUUAAUAUGCAUAGAUAUUAAAAAUGUUGCGAUGGCAGGUCUGAGACUUUUGCUCUUUGGUUUCCUGCGAAAGAGAGCUUAAAGAGAGUUUUUUCCCUUGUUUACUCAUUACCUUUUUAUAACAUGUCUGUCUUGAUUUGUCAUAUCUUAACUAAAUUUAAAAUACCUCUGUAUGUCUGAACUUCCUUCAGUUUGUUUGAUAGGGGAGAAAAUCUCCUCUUGAUAAAGAAAAGUAGCUUGGUGUCAAGGCCACCUUUUUUACCAGCCUUUUAACGCACAACCAGGAGUUAUUAGUUGAUCCUUUACCUCAACUCUUUCUACUUAUAUUUUCCUAGCAGGAGGGGAAAAGUAUUAAACUUAAAGCAAUUGUUAGACAUUUAGAAAUAUGCUUAUUCGUCUUCUUGCAGAAAGUUAGAUGAGAAACUUGUGUGUUACAGUAAAGGUAACAGUUUGCCACGUUAUAGCCUGUUUGUUUAAUUGAUACAAAAACCAGCGUAAUGAGGACAAUUUGACGUUUAAUAGGAUGUGAUGUGCUGGGCUAUUUCUUGGUUACUUCAGUUUUUGUGUGAAUUAAACAAGCAAAAACCGGUUAACCGGUGAGUGCUGGUUGGCGGAUUUAGUUAUCUUUGGGCCAUGCCAGGCUAGCUGUUGCCCCUGUUUCAAGUCUUGACUCGAAAGAGAUAGUGUUCUUCUCAUUUGCCUCUUGGAAAGAAAGCCGAUAAGCGUAUUUCCCAAAAUGUCAAACCAUUCCUUUAAAAGACCUUAAAAACAGGUUCAUCUAA